AGAGAGAGAGAGAGAGAGAGAGAGAGAGAGACCGUCGGGUACAGACUGGAGGUUACCACAGGACACUUCUGUUUGUGGACCUCAGCAACAACUGGCAACAAGAGGCGCGCGAGCCAAACGGUGGCAUGUUUCUUUUUCACUUUUUUUUUCUUAUUGUUUUUUUUUUAACCUUUGGAUAACCUGCUGCGGGGGGACACGCGUGUGUUGUGUGUCGACGGCGUUCGUGAAGGUGCGUGUGUGAUAUUUGAUGGUUGUGUGCGUGAACCUCGUCGUCGGAACCAGAGCUUGUUUUCACCGACUGGACGCUCUCACGCGCACGGACCUAACGGGGCAGCCUGCUAGCAUCUUCAGCUAGUAAAGCCGUAUAACGUCAAGACGGCAGACGGUCAUGACAUAAAACAACAACAACACAAAAAAACCGUAAGAACCGUCGCCUCUGAGGUCAUUUUAUCGCCAUGUUCGUGCGGUUCGUGUGGCGCUAACGGGCGCAGAGAGUUUUCUUUUUUAGCUGCGCAAGUUGUGCGCACUUGUGGCGCUCGGACUCUGUUUAAGACAAUAAACGAGAACGUUUUGUUUUGUUGUUUCAUUGACAAAACGGACAUCAAAGUUUGCGAGGUGCUCUGAAGACUGAAGGUCACCGAGACCGGUUAUCUCCUCCCCCAUCAGUCUGUUAUGAAGAUGUGAACUCUUCCUCCCCCCUUCCUCUCUGACUGCUUUGAUCUUUUUCUCUAUUUGGUAGAAAUAGAUCAAAAGCGCCGUCUCUCUCUCUCUCUCUCUCUCUCUCUCUCUCUCUGUGACUGUUCUUUGGGGAUGUAUGAAAGCGUGGAUGUUGUGUGUUUGAGUCCCAGCAGUCCCAGCCCUGGUUCCUUCCUUAGCAUGGACUACUACCACAGACCCCCGGGUCUCGGCGGGUGCCUCGGCCCAGAAAAGGGCAUCCUGAGUGGCGUAGGAUUUCAACGCCCGUUUGGAGGGUCCCUGGUGACCGGCAGGCACUGGAGCGGAUCCAGUCACUCCAUAGAGACCGAGAGCACCAGCUCAGGGGAGGACUUACUCGUCCCCAGUCCCCCCUCACCGCCACCUCCACCCCGUGUCUACAAACCUUGCUUUGUAUGUCAGGACAAAUCUUCAGGAUAUCACUAUGGAGUCAGCGCCUGUGAGGGUUGUAAGGGUUUCUUUCGGAGGAGCAUCCAGAAGAACAUGGCGUACACAUGUCACCGAGACAAAGUUUGUGUCAUAAACAAGGUGACAAGGAACCGGUGUCAAUCCUGCCGACUGCAGAAAUGCCUCGAUGUUGGGAUGUCCAAAGAGUUGGUGCGAAAUGACAGAACAAAGAAGAAAAAGGAAGAAAAAAGGUUGGCAGCAGCAGAGAGCUACGUCCUGUCAGCAGACACAGAGCAGAUGAUUGAACGGGUUCGACGGGCUCAUCAGGAAACAUUUCCCUCCCUCUGCCAGCUGGGAAAAUAUACCACGAACAACAGCUCGGAGCAUCGCGUGCCUCUGGACGUCAGUCUUUGGGACAAAUUCAGUGAACUGUCCACCAAAUGCAUCAUUAAGACAGUGGAGUUUGCCAAGCAGCUUCCAGGCUUCACAACAUUAACCAUCGCUGAUCAGAUCACGCUACUCAAAGCCGCUUGCCUCGACAUACUUAUUUUGAGAAUCUGCACUCGUUACACACCAGACCAGGACACCAUGACCUUUUCAGAUGGUUUGACUCUAAACCGCACCCAGAUGCAUAACGCUGGGUUUGGACCACUCACAGACCUAGUGUUCUCAUUCGCCAGCCAACUGCUCCCUCUGCAAAUGGAUGAUGCUGAAACGGGCUUACUCAGCGCCAUCUGCUUACUGUGUGGAGACCGGCAAGAUCUGGAGCAGUCAGAGAAGGUAGACAUUCUUCAGGAGCCAAUGCUUGAAGCAUUGAAGAUUUAUGUGAGGAGGCGGAGACCUGAUAAACCCUGUAUGUUCCCCAAAAUACUGAUGAAGAUUACUGACCUCAGGAGCAUCAGUGUGAAGGGAGCAGAGCGAGUGAUCACGUUGAAAAUGGAAAUCCCAGGCUCCAUGCCACCUCUUAUCCAGGAGAUGCUAGAGAACUCUGAGGGACUAGAAGGCCAUGGAGCUGGGGGAGGAAAAGGAGGAGCAGGAAGGGGAGGAGGAGGAAAUGAGGAAGCAGAACUUGGGAGCUGUCAAUCAAGCCCAUCAUCUGCUUCGGUUCCGUCUCCAAGCCCAAGCUACGUGCCCUGCUCACCUUCCCCCUGUCCCUCCACUUAACUGUCCCACUCCACUCAACACCUAUUCUCAACACAGUGCCCCCUUAGGGACACAGCAUGGUACUGCAGGAAGACUAUUCCACUGAAUAAGAGCCAGAGUUAAGACUGGACCCGUGCUUUAUUUGACAUUGAGACUGGGCUGGAUCCACAGCGUCAUGCAAACUCUGAGCUCAUCAGAAUGAAUACAUGAUUGCUGCCGGGAGAGAAAAGCAGCAGGUUAAAUACACAGAGGGCUGAUUGACACGGUGAUGUCACAUUGUUAACACAGUAUAUAAUUUACCUUCAAGGUUAAUUCUAUGCAGAAUCUAGCUGUUUUUAGCUGGACAUUAUGAGCAUUUAAAAAGAGAAGUGAUACUGUUGUCAUUCUUCAGGCUGUUAGCAUUUCUUACUAGAGCCUGACUGAUAAUACCAGUUGAUGACAACAUCGGUCUAUGUGAGCCUUUCUUGAACAUGUUGGUAUCUACAUUAUUUUUGCCGAUAUGAAAAGUUUUACCAAAAAAAAGAAAUCAAUGCAGACUGUUGAAAAUGUUGUCAUUAUGUAAUUUACCCAGCAGAGAGCACUCUGACGACAUUGUUUACAGUUCUGUCAAGCAUGGCUGGGACCCUCAGCAGCUCUGGGUCACAUUAACUACAACAGACGGAGGGAGGCAAAGCAACCAGCUGCUAUUCAUUUUCAAUCAGACUGGGCAUUUUAGAGU